AAACGUCAUUGACGCCACUUCCGUUUUUACCAACCGUCAUUUCCGGCUGUGAGUUGUAGUUUUCUCGCGUUUAUCAAAAUAACGUCUGAUUUUUUUCCGUGUCUCUGUUUAAAAAUGUAGCACGAAUCUCUUGAAAUUAAAAAUUUUCACUUGUAUGCCUCCUGUGAAAUAAAGCAUCACUCCCUUAUCACGAAACAAUCUUCAUAAUAAAAAACAAAACAAGUCUGAAGCUACAGAAAUGCACUCUGGGUCGGUGUCAACAUGGCAGCCUGCAUGGUGCCUGUGGAUUACUGCAGAGCUUAGCGAUUAUUUUUGAUUUAAUGAGCUUGUUAUAACUGAAAUAACCCUACAACAUGUUUCAGUUACUCUGCUGCAGAGCAAGCAUCAGAGCUCCAGUCCGGUCAUUGUCGUUACACCCGCGGUGCAAUAAAACAGCAGACCUAUGGAAACUUUCAAGGUGGUACACGUCUCUACGAUCUCCAGCAUACAGCUCCACACAGCAGCCUGGAAAUGCUGUCAGUCGUAUAUGGAGCCUCACUCAGAGAGCUGUCCGCCAGUCAACCACCCGCACAUCCAAACCCCCAGGAGUGGCCCUGAAGGUCCUUCUGGGACCAGCCGUACUCACAGUCUCCACUGCACGACUGUUCUGCCAUGUUGCUCACUGCGAGGCAGAUGUGAAUAACAACACACUGGUGGAAGUUGCAGCUAAAAGUCCUGCACCUGAGUUCAAAUGGCAUAUUCUGUGGGAAUUUGUCAAACCUCAGCUGUUUUCUCUCGUCUGUGCUGUUGUGCUUGCUUUUGGUGCAGCUAUCUUGAAUAUUCAAAUCCCCUUGAUGCUCGGGGAUCUGGUGAAUGUUGUGGCACGUUACCUGAGAGAACAGGCUGGGAAUUAUUACCAGGAGAUAAGAGGCCCUGCACUGAAAUUACUCGGACUGUAUGGUAUCCAAGGCCUGCUGACGAGUGGCUACAUCAUCCUGCUUUCAAGGGUGGGGGAGAGAGUGGCAGCAGACAUGAGGAAGACUCUUUUUGCAUCCUUACUGAGGCAAGAUGUGGCUUUCUAUGAUGCCAAUAAAACUGGACAGCUGGUGAACCGUUUGACUGCAGACAUUCAGGAGUUCAAGUCAUCUUUUAAACUAGUCAUCUCUCAGGGUCUGCGCAGUAUUACACAGACAGUUGGAUGUUUCGUCUCUCUCUAUGUCAUCUCCCCCAAACUCACGGGUUUGACGGUAGUUGUUCUCCCAUGUCUGGUGGGAGCCGGGGCACUCAUCGGCUCGUUCCUACGCAAACUAUCCCGUUUGGCUCAAGAACAGGUGGCAAAAGCAACAGGAGUGGCAGAUGAGGCACUUGGCAAUGUGCGGACAGUGAAAGCUUUUGCGAUGGAAGAGCGGGAGCUCCAGUUAUAUGCAUAUGAAGUUGACAAAUCAUGUGAAAUGAAUGAAAAUCUUGGUACUGGAAUAGCAGUUUUCCAAGGACUGUCAAACGUUGCCCUGAACUGCAUUGUCCUUGGAACUAUUUUUGCUGGAGGGACUUUAAUUUCUAGCAAUGAAAUGUCCCCUGGAGACCUCAUGUCCUUCCUGGUUGCUUCUCAGACUGUUCAGAGGUCAUUGGCCAGUAUCUCUAUCCUUUUUGGACAGAUGGUAAGAGGACUAAGCUCUGGGGCACGGGUCUUUGAAUAUCUAGCUCUGGUGCCGACUAUUCCCCUGUCUGGAGGAGGACGCAUCCCGUACCAUUCUCUGACAGGGAGAGUGGAUUUUAUGAACAUUUCAUUCAGCUAUCCAACAAGACCCGGCCAUCAGGUCUUGACCAAGUUCAACUUAACACUGCCACCUUGUAAAACUGUUGCCAUUGUUGGAGAAUCUGGAGGAGGAAAGUCCACCGUGGCGGCCUUGCUGGAGCGUUUCUACGACCCGACCAGCGGUGUAGUCAUGCUAGACGGACUUGACAUUCGAACACUGGAUCUGUCCUGGCUCAGGGGAAAAGUCAUUGGAUUUAUCAAUCAGGAGCCAGUUUUGUUCGGAUCAUCUAUCAUGGACAACAUCCGCUUUGGGAAGCCUGAGGCCACAGAUGCUGAGGUCAUUAAUGCAGCCAAGCAAGCCAACGCUCACACCUUCAUUACAGGUUUCCCAGACGGCUACAACACUGUGGUUGGUGAGCGAGGUGCGACGUUAUCAGGUGGCCAGAAACAGCGCAUUGCCAUCGCCCGCGCCUUGAUCAAGAACCCCUGCAUCCUGGUGCUGGAUGAGGCCACCAGCGCCCUUGAUGCAGAGUCGGAGCGAGUGGUGCAGGAGGCUCUGGACAGGGCCACGAGUGGUCGCACUGUGCUCAUCAUCGCCCACCGGCUGAGCACCAUUCAAGGGGCUGACCUCAUCUGUGUCAUAAGCAAUGGUCGCAUUGUGGAGGCUGGGACUCACUUGGAACUGCUGAGCAAAGGAGGACUUUACUCUGAUCUGAUCCGCAGGCAAAGAGCUGAGGGGAAAAAAAAUGAGGGGCAGAAAUGAACACACCUAAAACUGGUUUACUGUAGAUCUACAAUGAGUAAUGGAAUUUCUUUUUAAAUUAAAUAAAUAGAAAAGACUUGUCUGGACAGCUAAAUUAUGUUAAAACAUGUACUGCAAAUCUACCAGCUCUCUGCCUAGUUUUACGACAAACUCUGAAAUUUAUGUAUGUAAAUGAAUAUGCGGACCAACUGGAUAGACCUGUGAUGAUUAACAAACUACACUAUUGUACAGUAUCUUGGCAAUCUCUGGGAAUUUCAUAACACUGUUUUCUCUUAUCCUGUAUAAAAUGACCAACUAUAUUGUGGUAGAAACAGAAUUAAAGUAUGUUUAAUUAAAAUAUAA